GUUUCUCUUAGCUUUUCCUCGAGAUUCUUUCUGCUAAGCGGAAACCCGACGACAGAGAAGCAACAACACCAGAGGAGGAGAGAAGCGAAGUCCACAACGAAGACGAGAAAGCGAGAGAGAUUCUAACCUCUCUCUCUCGUUCCACGAUUUCAAAUAAUCUCUUCUCAUUAGCAGAUCGAUCGCAAAUCAUCAAUCUCCACCACCGCCGUAAUUGACGACGCUGACUACGCCUUCCUUUGUUUUCUGCGUGAUAGGAGGAUCAUCAAGUCAGCUUAAGCUACGCCUCCUCCGUUGACUUGACUUCAGAUAAAUAUCUUGGUGGUAGAAUGACAUUGUUGAUAUCUCUGCUGCGUUGAAGAAGUGUAAGAAGAUGCUGGCGAAUUGGAAGUCGAAUUAUUUUGAAGAGAAAAAGUUUCCUCUCAAUGCGAAAGACUAUAAGCUACAAGAAGAAAUUGGAGAUGGUGUCAGUGCCACUGUGCACAAAGCUUUGUGCAUACCGCUUAACGAGGUCGUUGCUAUCAAGGUUCUUGAUCUUGAAAAGUGCAACAACGAUCUGGAUGGGAUCCGGAGAGAGGUGCAAACAAUGAGCUUGAUCAACCAUCCGAAUGUGUUGCAAGCACAUUGCUCAUUUACCGCUGGGCACCAGCUAUGGGUUGUGAUGCCUUACAUGGCGGGAGGAUCCUGUCUCCAUAUAAUAAAGUCUUCUUAUCAAGACGGAUUUGAGGAACCUGUUAUUGCUACUUUACUCCGUGAGACUCUGAGAGCUCUUGUGUAUCUUCAUGCUCAUGGACAUAUCCAUAGGGAUGUGAAGGCUGGAAAUAUACUACUGGACUCUAAUGGUGUCGUUAAGCUAGCAGACUUUGGAGUAUCAGCUUGCAUGUUCGAUACAGGAGAUAGACAACGUUCCAGAAAUACAUUCGUUGGGACUCCAUGCUGGAUGGCUCCUGAAGUCAUGCAGCAGCUACAUGGAUAUGAUUUUAAAGCAGAUGUAUGGUCAUUUGGAAUAACAGCACUUGAACUGGCUCAUGGUCAUGCCCCAUUUUCCAAGUAUCCGCCAAUGAAAGUUUUGCUGAUGACCUUACAAAAUGCACCUCCCGGACUUGACUACGAGAGAGACAAAAGAUUUUCAAAAGCAUUUAAAGAGAUGGUGGGUACAUGCCUAGUGAAGGACCCAAAGAAGCGCCCAACUUCAGAAAAGCUUUUAAAGCACCCUUUCUUCAAACAAGCUCGCCCACCUGAUUACUUGGCUAAAACAAUUCUCAAUGGUCUUCCUCCAUUAGGUGAACGUUAUAGAACGAUAAAGUCAAAGGAAGCUGAUCUGUUGAUGCAAAACAAGUCUGAGUACGAAGCACACCUAUCACAGCAAGAAUACAUAAGGGGAAUAAGCGCUUGGAAUUUCAAUCUCGAGGACCUAAAGAGUCAGGCUGCCCUUAUUUCAGAUGAUGAUAGUUCACAUGCUGAAGAGCCUGAUUUCAACAGAAAGCAAUGUGAAAGGCAGGAUGAAUCUGCUCUUUCCCCUGAAAGGGCUAGCAGCUCAGAAACAACUCCCAGUCAGGAUGACGAAUUAAACGAUAUACAAGAUUUGGAGAGUUCUUUCGCCUCGUUUCCAAUCAAACCUCUUCAAGCACUGAAAGGGUGCUUUGAUGUCGGCGAAGACGAGGAUAAUGCAACUACUCCUGAUUGGAAAGAUGCUAGCCUAAUGAGUUCUGGACAACAGCAUUUAACAAAGGCUUCUUCUAUUGGAUCUCUGGCCCACACCACGAAAGAAGAGGACACUGCAGCACAAAAUUCUUAUUUACCACGUCAUGUCAUUUCUGAACAAAAAAAAUAUUCGAGUGGUUCACUUAUACCAGAGAGUACUUACUCUCCAAAAAGAAUCUCAAUGGAAGCUGACAGGGAGUUUCAACUGCGUAGAUAUCAGAGCGAGCGGAGCUACAGCGGAUCAUUGCAGCGCACCAAGAGAGAUACUGUGGACGAGAUGUCAGAUUCCCCGCAUGUGGAGCACAAGGGACGAUUUAAGGUCACAUCAGCAGAUCUCAGUCCUAAGGGAUCUACAAACUCUACAUUCACACCGUUUAGCAGCGGUGGUUCAAGCAGCCCGAGCUCCCUCACGACCGCAUCAAUCCUCCCAUCAGUUCAGUCGAUGUUGCAGCACAACACCAUGCAACGGGAAGAGAUAUUGAGAGUACUAAAACACCUGGAGCAAACCUCUGUUAAGCAGCAACCUGGAUCACCAGAGACAAGCGUCGAUGAGCUACUGCAGAUGACGCCUGCAACUGCACGGGAGAGAGAGCUUCAGACCCAACUCAUGCUAAUGCAACAAAGCUUUUUGAGCCUAACAGAAGAAGUAAAGAAAUUGAAGCAGAGAAAUGGGCAGGUAGAGAAUCAGUUAAACGCAUUAACGCAGAGAAACGAUUGAGUCUCGUUAAGUCAUGAAGACAACAAAACACAAGCUCAGGGAUGAAACUGGGGAUAUCUCGAGUCAAAACCCCAAAGUCCCUUUUCAAGACGAAGAAGAAAGAGAGAUUUGUGUGUUUAUAUUUAUAUAUUUAUUGGGUGUAAUUUAUUUGACAGGUUAAAUAUUAUGCGACAGCCACUACUACUACAAUGUUUGUCUUGGCGUUGUCCUUUGACAGCCUAUGUUUGGUUUAUGAUGUGCUAUAUACUUACAUCGUUUGUAUUAUUAUAUGUUCUUUGUUUAUUCA